CAGGGAACGCGUGGGCAGAGGGCCUUCUGCGCUCGUUACCCUCCGGGGCGCGAGCUGGGGGAUGAUCUGUGAGUCCGAGUGACCGGGAUUCCCCCCGGCCCCUGCUGCUGCCCCUCCCCAGUAUUCUCAGGGCCCCGGGACGCCCCCACCCGAGGACACGCACCUGUGCUCCGAAAGGAAGGUCACCGGGCUUUGGGAGCCCCGCCCCCCCCCAUGGCAAAGGAAGCCCCCAGGCGCCGCCCAUGGCGGUCACGGCAGCUCCCGACCCCAGGGUGGGGCCCCAGGGAGAAGCCGUGGGAGCGGGCAGAAGGGACCGCGGACUGCUCGGCCCCAGAGUCUGGGGAGAGAGCUCCGCCUGCGGAGGCAGCUGCUCCUCCCCCCAGUGGCGGGAUCCCGGAGGAGGCAAGGAUGUUCCGGACGCAGGAGCCGGUGACCUUCCGGGACGUGGUUGUGGACUUCACCUGGGAGGAGUGGAGGGUCCUGGAGCCGGCCCAGAGGGCCCUGCACAGGGACGUGAUGCUGGAGAACUAUCAGAACCUGGUCUCUGUGGGGAUUCCUGUUUCCAAACUGGAUGUCAUUUCCCUCUUGGUGAGAGGAGAAGCGCCAUGGAGGUCCAGUGGAGAAGGCCAGAGGGUCUUUUGUGCAGAUUCCACAGGUGAUAAAACUAGCUCUGGAACCAAAGAUUUGUGUCUAAUCGAGAGCGGUUGCAUAGGAGCAUCAUCAGAGAAGAUUCUGCCAAAGGACACUAGUUGUUAUUCCCAGAUGGGCAAAGUUAAGGAAUACGACAUUAAUUUAGAAGAACAGAAGGACAUUCACCAGAAACAAUUUAGACAAGUAACAAGCAAUGCCAGUAUGAUUUUUAGCAAUGCCAGGGUACCUCAGUAUAAAACAUUUGGGAGACAUUUUAAUCCGGGAUCAACCUGGAAAGAGACAGUGGGAAAAAUCAUCUUUAAAUAUAAGACAUUUGGAAAGAACUUCAGCCAUUUUCCUGACCUCAUUAUAUCCAAUGCUUUCUUCUUCUGGCAGAAGUAUUCUAAGUCUAACAAAUGUAGGAAACCGUUCAGUUAUCACUCAGACUUACUUAAAUUUCAUAGACUUCAUGUUAGAGAAAAGCUACACAAAAAGAAUAAAUGUGGAAAAUCCCUUGGCAGAAAAUCAAAUAGUAACAAAUUGCAGAGAAUUCAUUCAGGCAAAAAAUAUUACAACCAUAGCAAAUACCAGAAGUCCUUUAGGUACAGAAAAACUUUGACUAAACUUAAUGCAGUUCAAACGUGGGGGAAGUCCUUGGUUUAUAUUAAGUUCGAGAAAACCUUCAUCAAAAGGGGAUACUCGAUUGCCCAUCCAAGGAUUAAUAUUAGCAAGAAACCCUUUCAGUGUAAUGAAUGUGGGAAAAUUUUCAGUGAGAGAAAAAACCUUAUUAGUCAUCAGAGAACUCAUACUAGAGAGAAAUCAUUUAUAUGUGGUGGAUGUGGAAAAAGUUUCACCCAGAGGGCACAUCUUAUUAAUCAUCAGAGAAUUCACACUGGAGAAAAGCCCUUUGCAUGUAAUGAAUGUGGGAAAGCCUUCAUCAGAAGAGGACAGCUUGUGACACAUCAGAGAAUUCAUACUGGCGAGAAACCUUUUGUUUGUAAUGAAUGUGGAAAAACAUUCAGUGAGAGGAGAAACCUUAUUAGCCAUCAGAGGAUUCAUACUUCAGGAAAACCCUUUGUGUGCAGCGAAUGUGGAAUAGGUUUCCGGCAUCGAGUAAGUCUCAUCAUUCAUCAGAGAACUCAUACAGGAGAGAAACCAUUUGCUUGUAAUGAGUGUGGAAAGGGCUUCAGACAGAGGGGUCACCUUAUUACACAUCAGAGGAUCCAUACAGGAGAGAAGCCUUUUGCAUGCAGCAAAUGUGGGAAAACUUUCAGUGAGAGGAGAAACCUUCUUGCUCAUCAGAGAAUUCAUACUGGAGAGAGGCCUUUUGUAUGUAAUGAAUGUGGGAAAGGCUUCCGAUGCAAAGUCAGUCUUAUCACUCAUGAGAGAUCUCAUAAUGGAGGAAACCUGUUUGAAUGUAAUGAAUGUGGAAAGCACUUCAGUUGGAGGGCAAGCCUUAUAAUCCAUCAGAGAAUUCAUACUGGGGAAAAACCAUUCACAUGUAGUGAAUGUAGCAAGUCCUUUACUCGAAGGGCAAGCCUUAUCAUCCAUCAGAGAAUUCACACUGGAGAGAAACCCUUUGCAUGUAAUGAAUGUGGAAAAGGCUUCAGCCAAAGGGGACACCUUAUUACACACCAGAGAAUUCACACUGGAGAGAAACCCUUUGAAUGUAGUGAAUGCAGGAAAACCUUUAGUGAGAGGAGAAACCUUAUUACUCAUCAGAGAAUUCACACUGGAGAGAAGCCCUUUGCAUGCAACGAAUGUGGAAAAGGUUUCCGAUGCAAAGUGAGCCUUAUUACUCACCAGAGAACUCAUGGUGGAGAGAAACACUUUGCUUGUAAAGAAUGUGGGAAAGCCUUUGGUGAAAGGGCACACUUUAUUAUCCACCAGAGAACUCACACUGGAGAAAAACCCUUUGAAUGUAUUGACUGUGGGAAAGCCUUCAGUGUGAGGGGAAGCCUUAAUAGACACCAAAGAACUCACACUGGAGAGAAACUCUUUGAAUGUAAUGACUGUGAGAAAUCUUUCAGCCAGAGAGGAAAUCUUAUUAGCCAUCAGAGAACUCAUACUAGAGAAGCACCAUUUGCUUGUAAUGAAUGUGAUGUUUCCUUUAUCAGGAGGACACAUUUUAUUAAACAUCAGAGAACUCAUCCUGGAAAGGAACGUUUUGCAUAUAAUGAAAGUGGGACAGCCAUCAUUGACCAGGAACUGCUCAAAAGCCAUUACAGGAGUCAUGCUGGAGAUAAACCCUUUGCAUGUGACGAAUGUGGAAAAGCCUUUAACAAGAGGGGAUACCUCAUUAGACAUCAGAGAAAUCAUAAAGGAAUAAAACAUUUUGAAUGCAGUUAGUAUAAAGAGUAGCCCAAAAAAGUUCAAUAUUAGUGUGGCGGAAGGUAUCCAGUCCAGUCCCCCAGCAUCCCUGUGUGACCCUAUGCUAUUGAAGUCAGUGACUUAGAUGACACAAUCGUCCAAUUUUCAGAUUAUCCAAAAGUGAGAGGGAUUGCUAACAUACUGUAUGGCAAAGCCAGGAUCCAAAAAAAAUCUUCCCCAGUUUGGGCAAUGGGCUAAACACUAAGAAGAUGAAAUUCAAGAGGGAGACAGGCAUUCAGGAGCUUUUGUAAAUCAAUCAGUAAGUGUUUAUGAUGUGGGAGCUCAUGGGAGCUUUCUUCAAGAAUUUGAUGGGCUAUCAAGUGAAAGGUAUGUUCUGUUUGCCCCCAGAGUCAAAGCUGAGCCAUGGGAUGGGAUGCAUUGAAAUAUAUUGCAUUGAAAUUCAGCUCGCAUUAAGGAAAUGAUACAGAAGGAUCACAACUGUUAGAAGACAAGAGGGAGUGGGUUAAUCUUUCCGGCCUCAAAUCAGGCUCUAGCAAUCUAAUACAUAUUAAGCAUCUACUCUCCAGGUACAGCUGGAAGACAGAAAUCUAGAUUUUUAAGGUAUAUAUAUGGGAAACAGGAUGACUGCAAAGUUGGCUGGUGCAGCUGAGGAUAAGCAGCCAGCCAGCAGCGUGGUCAUUGAAUUUGUAGCUCAAUGCACUCAUCAACAGAGAAAAUUUGAGCCCAGGAUGCCCCAGCAACUGGAGGUAUUUUUCUGACUUUCCCAUGAUUCUUUUUCAUGCAAGGAGAAGGAUUCAGCAUCAGGGCAGAUGGAAAGAUAACGGGUGGACUGCUGGAAGGGAUGUGGAAUAUCUUCUGGAAGCUCUUCGAUAUGGGGGUGAGCUCAGUUUUCAGUCCUGCUCUAAACAGACCAGGCUAGUUUUACAAACCUAGGGUCCCUGCCAUAUAACUGGGCUGGUUAUACCUUUAAAAACAACUACCGCCACUAACCAACAAACGUGAAACUGACUUCAAGACAAUGAGUCUGAGGACUAGGAUUGAUCUACUGAUAGUUCUACUGCUAGAUCAACUUUUUGGUCUCCUAAGUAUAAAAUCCAGGACACUGGGGGCAGUCAGGGCUUUCCUGCAGGUUCAAACCAUCGAACUUGACAACCUUUCACGUGACAGUCCUUACAGUCAUGUCACCCCAAGCUUAUACAUGUUAUUCUAGAAAAAGCUUGACUUCUCAAACUUUUUAUAGCUUUUGUUUAUUUAAUCAAUUCAGAGAUAUUACAUAUAAUAAUUGUAUUCUGUGAUUUCCAUCUAUCAAAAAACAACCACCAUGUAGAUAUUCAUCUUGGGGUAACCCAGAUGGAGUGUCUGCCGUGUAUAACAGUUGAAAGCUACUUAACUCUCACUUCACUUUUCCUGCUAUUGCUUCAUUUUCCUAGAAAUUUUCAGUCUGUAUUCUAAGUCAAAUAAAAAGAUAUUUGUCUUAUAAAUUAAUAAAAAUGAAGAAAAGUCUUAAUUACCCCUGUCCUAUUGUAGUUGACCUGAAGAAUCAGCUUUUCUCUUAAACUUCUUUCCUUAUCUCAGCCUUUUUGGUCUUUGUUUAGACAACAUCAGUGUUAUGGCUCGUGUUAUUUUAUAAUAGCAAAUAAUAAAUCUUUGCAAUGUGCCAACAGUAAGAAAAAUCCCCAGAGUCAUCUCUGGGCUUUUUAAGGGCAGGGGAAAGAUGGAACAAAUUAUUCUCCUGCCCCCAUCUCUGACUCAACCUUGGAAACAGGAUGGUAAUUCUCUUGGAAUGGUAUUCCAAUUCUCUCCAGAAUUCUCUGUGGGAUAUCUCUUUAUAGAAUAGGACUUGAACUCAGUACUUUUGCAAAAAACAAAAUCAUGUCCUUUCAUGGAUUCUUCACAGAUGCAAUUUCAUAAAAAUAAUCAUUAAAAACUUAUAGUUUCUCACGAGAUGGGUGGCUAACAGUCCUCUCACAGAGGAAAAUUGUCUUUCUUUUCUCUCAGGAAAAAAGUUAUACUAUGUACCUUCUUUUACAACACUUUCCCCAGUAUUCUUUUCUCUCUUAAUGCAGUCCUUGUGCCCACAGUGCCAGGGAUGGAGAGGGCAGCUCAAGUUGGAGAAAGUGGGCUUUUCUCCAGGUGAACUUGAGUCAUUCUAUUAGCAAAGAAGACCUUGCUAUGAAGUGUGUUUUUUUUUUUUUCUGAUGCUUACGAGAUUCUGUGUUAGAACUGGGGAAUAAUUUAUACCAUUUCCACGAUAAUACACAGGAAAACAACAUUGAAAGGCUCCAGUGAUUUCUCGAGCACAGCUCCGAGCUGCUUUCUUGAGGGCUGGGAUUGGGUGAUUUUAUUACAGAGUCUCUGCCAAUGCAGAUUUGAAUGAACAUGUUGCCAGGGACGCUCCCUGAUGUCCUAGUCCUUCUUCAAAAGGAAGGGCAAACAAUAACAACAAACAAGGGAAGGAUGACGUAGCAGAAGAGUAGGAGUUUGGGAGUCAGGACCCAGAUUCAAAUCCUACCUCUUCUUCCAUUACAUCCACAUGAUCAGGUCAGGGUCUCUAGGAUUCAGUCCCCUCACCUAUAAUAUCAUUUAAGGUCCUUUCCGGCCCUACUCUAAUCUUUUUUUGGUCACAUCAGGUGUGUAUGUGUAUGAGGGAGAUUUGAUGCAUUUGAACAGGUUCAUUUAUGACACAAAUGACAGAAUUGCAAAUCUCCAACUCAAAAGUAUCUUAGGGGCAUCUGAAUGAAUUUCAUUUUUACAGAUGAAGAAACCAGGCUGAAAGAGGUUAAAUGUCAGAUAGAUAGCAAGUAGCAGAGCUGAAAUUAGAACUCAGAUCCCAUAACUUCAAGUCCAGCCGUCUUUCCAGUGAACCAUGUUGCCAAGUAUGGUUGCCAUGUUGCAACCAUAUUGCAGAAGACGUUAAGUCCAGAUUAAUAUUUUCCUAUAAACUCUUAGAGAAACACAUAAAAAUGCUCUUGUCUCUUUUAUUUCAAUCAUAAACUUCAAAAUAUAAAGCAAGCAAAAAAUACCAGAAAUCUUGCCAGAAACCAUAUUUGAAAAUAGAUCUGUUUGUUAUUCUUUGGAGAACACUUGGGUUGCUCAAAGCAUCAGGCUCCCUUGUUCAGCUGCCCACUGCUCCCCAGUGAGCACAGUAGGUGUCCAGAGUUCAAGCAUUCAUGCAUUUUGUCCCAAUAACUAUUCAUUCUAGGUAAAUAUUCACACAGCUUCCAAAAAGAGGUGCCCAUUUUAGUUUAGUUGUUUUUAAAAAAAACAAACACAGUUGUGCAAUUUAAUCAUGGACUUCUUUUGAAUAUCAUAACGGACAGCAUUAAUUUCUCAUGGGGGCGGACCUGAUUUCCAAGCAAGAAUAAAAUUAAGUGGAAGAUGAAGUAGGUAAACACAUAAACAAUUUACUCUACUUAUUGGAGCACUGUUAAUGAAAGAAAUUACUCUCGUUAAUCAUAUGCAUUUUGUCCUCUAAAACACAUAGCUAUGGGAAAAUACUGCAUAAAUACUUGUUAUAUGUGUUGAAUUAAUGAACUGCUCAAGGGAGCUAUGGCUGAAGACUUGACUAUCCAAAAAGAAGGGUAGUCAUCCUAUUUUACAAAAUAUAAGAAUGCUUUAAGAGACGUACGGAGUUUUAAAUACUGAUAUUCCGUACGAUGCUCUUUAGGGACAAAUCUUGGAUCAGCACACAUUUGUAAUAAUUAAAUUACAGUAAUAAUAACCAUACAUAAAACUCAUAGUUCACUCUUUUUGUAAUGCUUUUGGAUUUUACAAGCAUCCUAAAUGUAUGAUCUCAUCAGACACUAAAGAUAUCUAUAGCAAGAGGAUGGAGGCAAAUUAAAUCAUAGACGGGGAAAGGACAUUUCUACUGGUUUGAUGAAUAAAUUGGAGCUGGAACUGAAUCAGAUGCAUCCUUUUGGCUUAAAUGUCAUGUGACAUUUUAUUAGCUAGAAAACAAGAUAUUUUAUUGCUAACUGAAUUGAAAGAAGAGUAAUUCUUGGUUGCAUCACCACCCACCAAAUUUUGCAGAAAAACUGAAUUCCCUUCUUCCCCUUGCCAGGCUCUAGUGCCCAUUGUUUUAAGUUUCUAGACGAGAACAUGUUUUUUAAAUUCCAUAUAUUUUAUUUUUGUGGAGCCUUAGUCAAUCAUUCGCUUUGUGAACAAUGCCUACUUUUCCGUGGCUCAAUUUUAAUUUCUACAGAGGUAAGACUGUGUGUUUUGCUUUUGAGUCUCUUCAGAAAUGACCAACUCUCCAUGACCCAAUUUGGGAUUUUCUUGGC